UCAGCUCUCCUGCGCUCACUCAGCCAAGCUCACAAGCCAAGCAAGCCCGUCCGGCCUCUCUCGCUUUCUCUCCGCCUCAGCGCCAAACCAACCGAGAGACGAGAUGUCCGCGUACGUGUCUUCAGACUGCCGCCGUGUCAGUCCUUCUGUCCACGGCAACAAGUUUGCCACGGCUCACCGCAAGAAAGCAGUGGCCAACAUUUUCGACAACGUGAGCCAGGACGCCCUGACCAGACUCUUCCAGAAGACGGGCGACAUGAAAGCAGAGGAGCGAGUGAGGAGCAUCUUCUCCUACUCACACGAUCCGGAGGAGACGGCCCGGGCGCUGAUGGCUCUGAAGCAGCGGAAGAAGGACAAGUUCCUCCAGAUCGCGGGUUUGCUCCGGCAAAUGCUCAAACUCCGCUGACGGCACUGCUGUAGCCGCUUGUGUCUUCACUCACUCGGCUCGACUCGGAGCCGAAAACACGCAAGACUACGCUCCUGAUGGGACUUGAACGCCGACUACUGUGUGUGCGGCGGCUAUCCGAGGGGCGAUGACGAGCUUGCACAAGGCUGCCAGCGUGGUCACGUUGCAGCGCCGGAGAGUCCCGCCAUGACCGGUUGGAAGCAGAUGAGAUGAUGGAAGCAAUGAAGGACAUAAAAUGACUCCCCUCAAGCUUGAAUUCAGCCAUGCUGAUGAGGCAGCAGCACACAAAGGAGGUGCUGGUGGAAAGCAACAACCAUAUGAGACUUGAAAUGCCAGAAGAAGAACCUUUAUGGAUGCCUGUCCUGAACACAUGCCUUCUUCCAACAUGAACACUGUCACUGCUGUGGCUCCUAAUUUAAAUCUCAAUUAGCCACUUUUUCACGAAUGAUGUGUCCUAUUCUGUGCCCUUUUUAAUAAAUUGCUUUGUUUACAAAAGUAAA